GUUUUAGUUUUAUUACAUAUUGAAAGAAAAAAAGGAUGUACAACAUCAGGAAUUCAGUUUGUGUACUGGCUGUUAGUAUUAACAAUGGAUACCAUUCCAUUUUAUACUUAUAUCGAGCUAGAGAACCAUCGGACAGAUUUGAUGAACUUUGUUUUAUUUUAUGCAUCAUACUUCUUGAAAAUUCUCCAAUUCGGAUUAACAUGUCUGUCAGAUAGAUCGAGCAGUGAAAGACAUGGUUACAGUAUAAUAGGUGGUAACCAAUGCCCUGAAGUUAGAGCUUCUUAUCCAGCACAACUCGUUUACUCAUGGGUGACGAGUUUGGUUGUACUUGGUUACCGUAAAGGUCUAGAAGAAAGUGAUGUGUGGGAUUUAAAUCCACGAGAUACAAGUGAACGUCUUGAACCACAAUUUGAAAAAUAUUGGAAAAGAGAAUGCUUGAAAGCACAAAGAAAGAGUACCAGAAGUGAGAUUUUGGUGGCCUUUGCAAAUGGUCAAAGCAAAACGGAACUGAGUGAAAAAUCACCAAUGUUGAUGUCCGGUCAGUUGAAAUCCUACACCAAAUCAACGUCAGCAGAUGAAUCUAAUUCAAACCCUACACAAACAUCCAAGAAAAAAGAAAAGAAACCUUCUUUGCUGAAAGUCCUGACAGCCAUACAUAUCAAAGGGUUGACGAUAUCGUUUGUUAGCAAGUUCUUCGCAGAUAUAUUCCAAUUUAUCAGCCCCUUGAUACUUGGUGAGAUGAUCAGCUUCAUGAGCAACAGAAAUUCAAUGCAUGCAUGGAGAGGUUAUAUUCUAGCUAUUGGUUUACUUGUAUUUGGCACUUUACGAGCAGUUCUAUUUCAAAUCAGUUUACAUAGAGCUUCUGUUAUUGGAAUGCAGAUGAAAUCAGCGCUGAUAACCGCCAUUUAUAAAAAGGCCUUAACAAUGAAUAACGAAGCCAAGAAGUUUAAAACUGCUGGGGAAGUUGUAAAUUUGAUGUCUGUGGAUUGUCAGAGACUGCAGGAAUUAUUAAACUAUCUAGCUUUACUAUGGUCUACGCCAUUUCAAAUAAUACUGGCACUGGUACUACUGUAUACUACUAUAGGUCCGGCAGUUUUCGCCGGGGUCGUGGUUCUCAUUCUAAUGAUACCUUUUAAUGCCUAUUAUGUUGGUAAAGAAAGAAAACUUCAAGAAGAAAAUCUUAAAAUAAAAGAUACAAGAAUAAAAUGGAUGACUGAGAUAUUGAAUGGCAUGAAGGUAUUAAAGCUCUAUGGUUGGGAGAUGUCAUUUAAAGAAAAGGUAGAAAAGAUUCGAGCUAGCGAAAUCAAAGUUUUAAUGAAGAUAGCAUAUGUUUACAUUAUGGUUGGCAUGGGCUGGGCUGUAGCACCAUUUAUUGUAACUCUAGCAACGUUUGCCACCUAUAUUUUGAUUGAUAGUAAAAAUGUUUUAGAUGCACAGAAAGCCUUUGUUACUCUAUCGUUAUUUAAUUUGUUAAGAGUUCCGUUGAAUUUACUCGGCGUUAUUAUUAAUUUCAGCAUACAGUCGUUUGUUUCUGUAAAAAGACUGAAUGAAUUUUUAUUGCAACCCGACUUAGAUCCAGAUAGUUCAAUAAAAGAUACUAGAUCUGAAUAUGCUUUGUCUAUAAAUGAUGGCCAGUUUAAGUGGGAUAAGGAUAUGCCGCCUGUUUUAAAUGAUAUUAAUAUAAAUAUACCCGAAGGUAAACUUAUUACCGUGGUUGGACAAGUUGGGUGUGGCAAAUCAUCAUUGAUCUCAGCAUUACUCGGUGAGAUGGAGAAAGAACGGGGUUCAGUUACUGUUAAGGGUUCUAUAGCAUAUGUAUCUCAACAAGCCUGGAUGAAGUAUGAUACACUAAGAGAUAACAUACUAUUUGGUAAACCCUUUAACCAUACUAAAUAUAAAGCUACUAUAGAGGCAUGUGCUUUAUCAGCAGAUCUAGAGAUAUUACCUGGUGGUGAUAUGACAGAAAUAGGCGAAAAGGGUAUUAAUUUAAGUGGUGGGCAAAAGCAGAGAGUUAGCUUAGCUCGUGCAUUAUACAGUGAUGCCGACAUUUAUUUGUUUGAUGAUCCACUCAGUGCUGUAGACUCACAUGUUGGGAAACAUAUAUUUAAAAAAGCUAUAGGACCGUUUGGUUGUCUUAAAAAUAAGACCCGUGUUUUAGUAACUCAUGGUGUACACUGGUUACCGAUGGUUGACAAUAUUUUAGUUAUGACGGAUGGUCGCAUUACAGAACGUGGAACAUAUACAGAAUUACUCAAAGUUAAUGGAGAAUUUGCUCAGUUUUUAAAGAUAUAUCUUACUCAAGGAAUCGGACUAGAAUCGGAUGAAGAACUACCUGAUGAGGAAAUUGAAGAUAUGCGAGAACGAAUGUGGGAUAAAAUUGAAGCUCUGACUUCUGAUGCUAUGACCUCGGGUGACGAGAAUCCUAUUACAGAACGUAAAAGGAGAAGAAGCUCUUUCAGCGGGGUUAGUGGUCGCCACUCAUUCUCCAGAAUGUCUCUAUCUGUGUCAAUCAAACAGUUACCAAGAAGAGAAACCGUUACAGAAAUCAUAGAAAAGGGAAAAUUAACAGAACUUGAAGUUACGGGGCAGGGCAAGAUACCAUUAUCUGUCGUCAAGGAUUAUGUAAAUUCCGCUGGUCCUUUUGGGUUGCUAUUAGGCGUGUUUUUCUAUAUAUUGUUCCAAGCAGCAAGUGUAGGUUCAACUUUCUGGCUUACCUAUUGGACUGGAGACUCCCAGAUUAACGACCCCAACUUCCAACAGAAUCAAACCAGCGCUUUUGUCAAUAAAAACCAUUUGUUUUUAGGAAUUUAUGGAUUGUUUGGUGUUGUUCAAGUGGUUAUGAUUAUUGUCCACAGUUUGUUUUACUGGACUAGAUUAGUCCGGGCUGCCAAAACAAUACACGCUAAUCUGCUACAAAAAUUAUUCCGUGCACCCAUGUCAUUCAUGGAUACAACACCCAUUGGACGAAUAGUCAACAGAAUUUCCAGGGAUAUUGAAACCAUUGAUUCCACUUUACCACAAGUACUGAAGAUGUGGUUGUCCACCUUUAUGAUCGUGUUAUCCACGCUGUUGGUGAUCAGUAUUACUACCCCGAUAUUUAUAGCAGUUCUGGUUCCUAUAGCUAUAUUUUAUUAUCUUAUACAGUGUUUCUAUAUCCCUACAUCACGUCAACUAAAACGAAUCGAAUCUGUAACCAGAUCACCAAUAUACACCCAUUUUAGUGAAACUAUCAACGGUGCGAGUACAAUCAGAGCUUAUGGUGCAAGUAAUCGAUUUAUAGAAGACAUCAAAAACAAAGUUGACAAAAAUCAAAUAUUCUAUUUUGCUGGUCUUGUUUCAAAUAGAUGGUUGGGAUUAAAUCUAGAUGUAGUAUCCAGUGUGGUUGUAUUUGCUGCUAGUAUUUUAGCUGUACAGUCAACUGAUACUGGUGCUGGAGAUAUUGGUCUUUCUGUAUCAUAUGCUUUACAGAUCGCGGCAGCUAUAUCGUGGAUGGUUAGACAAAUGAGCGAUUUAGAAACUAAUAUUGUAUCAGUGGAAAGGGUUUUAGAAUAUAGCAAGAUAGAUUCAGAGGCUGAAUUAACUAUACCCGAAAAUCAACCCCGUCCAGAUUGGCCGGAUCAGGGUUGUGUUUCAUGGUUUGACUAUGAAACCAGAUACAGACCAGGAUUAGACCUAGUAUUAAAGGGAAUAAACUGCGACAUCAAUGGCGGCGAAAAGAUUGGAAUUAUAGGUAGAACUGGAGCUGGUAAAAGUUCUAUGUUUUUAACGUUGUUCAGAUUAAUUGAACCAUCCAAUGGCGAUAUUGUAAUAGAUGGUGUACAUAUAUCUAAGAUAGGCUUACAUGAUCUUAGAUCUAAACUUACUAUACUGCCACAGGACCCUGUUUUGUUUUCUGGUUCUCUCCGAAUGAAUCUUGACCCUUUCGAUGAAUAUUCCGACUACCAGAUCUGGACGGCUUUAGCUCAGUCACAUUUAAAACCGUUUGUAGAAGGAUUACCAGAAACUAUAAUGUAUGAGUGUGGUGAAGGUGGUUGUAAUCUAAGUGUGGGGCAGAGACAACUCGUAUGUUUAGCUAGAACUCUAUUGCGCAGAACUAAGAUUUUGGUGUUGGAUGAAGCCACCGCAGCUGUAGAUUAUGAAACUGAUUCUUUGAUACAGCAAACAAUUAGAACAGCAUUUAAAGAUUGCACCAUCAUAACAAUAGCACACCGAAUUAAUACAAUUAUGGAUUACGAUCGGGUUGCUGUAAUGGAUGAAGGGAAGAUUAUUGAGUUUGAUUCUCCUACACGUUUAUUGGAUAAUAACAAGAGUCAAUUCUACAGUAUGGCGAAAGAAGCAGGGAUAGUUACUUAGACCAAUCUUGUUUAUUAAAUAUGUUUAUGGAUAUUUGUUAUAUUUCUCAACGGAUUAACAUUUAUUAUUAUUGAAACUGUUCCGAGUUCUGUCUUA